AUGAAGCUCUGGUCUUCCACCCUGGCACUCUGCAUCCUGCUUUCGUACAGCUUCUCAGCCGUCCACGCGUGGCAGAGUCGUGUCGAGCUGCAAGAUACCAUCGAGACGACAGCUCGCGACUACCUCAAGCGCACCUCCUCCCACACCUUUACGCGCGAGGCCAAAGAGGUCGCCAGGCGUCAAGUCAGCCAAGCCCUCGAGGGUGCUCGUUCUUCUCCAUCCUCACCAGCUGAAGGAUCUGGACCGCCAAGAGGCACGGCGAAUGAGGACCAGAUCCGUCAAUUGUGCAAGGACCUCCGUACGCAGCUCGGCAAAAAGAUCGUCAUCCCGAGACCUGCGAUCGUGAACCUCGAGUACGAAGAAUCGCGCCUACACGUCUACAAUGCCGCUCAAGCAGACGAGUACCCCUACUGCCUGAUCUUGCCCACCAGCGCAGACCAUGUGCGGGCUGCCUAUGCUGGAUUGAAGCGAAUUGGCGCCGGUUUUGGCGUGCGCAGCGGCGGCCAUGCCACGAUCGACGGUUGGUCAUCCACCAAAGACGUCAUGAUCGAUUUCAAAAACUGGUGCAACGUUGAACUCGCCAACCAGGGUAGCAUCGCAAAUGUCUCGCCCGGGUGUCGUUGGGGAGAAGUGUACAAGCGUCUCGAAGCUAAAGGCAAGACUGUGCUCGGUGGUCGACUGAGCAACGUCGGCCUUGGCGCAACGCUCGGUGGAGGCCUGUCGCACCUCUCCAACCUGCACGGUCUCAUUGCGGAUAAUGUCGCAUCGUACGAUCUGAUCACGCCAGAGGGUCAUUCCUUGACCGUCAGCAACACCACCAAUGCCGACCUCUGGUGGGCGCUCAAGGGAGGCAAAAAUCGUUUCGGUAUCGUCACCCGCUACGGCUUUCAGGCUUACGAUGUCGGGUCUUGGUGGGGAGGUUUGUUGACGUACAAGGGCGAAGACGCACUCAAGGUGUGCGAUGCCGUUACCGAAUUUGCCGAGACCUUUUCGGAUCCCAAGGCAGCGAUCAUUCCCACCUUCAACGCGGCUCUAGGUCCGAUCGGGGAAUUUGUUUCCGUGGCGUUGGCAUACAAUGGACCCGAUCGUCCAGCUGGGGUGUUCGACAUGUUCUUCAACAUCCCUCGAACGGCGGAAAAUGUCGGCAAAAAGUCGUACGCCGACAUCAAUAGCGUUUACGACUUUGGCGCAAUCUACGGCUUCAACGUGAACUUCCGCACAACCAGCAUCGCGCUGAACAAGGACAAGACUCGCGCGAUCUACAACAACUGGAAGCAGGCGGUCGUUGACGCCGCUGGUUUGUACUUCUCAAUGUCGGUUGGCUUGGAGCUCUUCACGCGCCAGGGCCUUGCGCAGCACGCGGCGAAAGGCGGCUCCCCGUACGGCUUUGAUGGCACGCCUUUUUCUGCUCAGAGUUACGUGAUGAUCUAUUCGCCAUCUUCACCCACUAAUGACAAGCAAAAGCUGCUCGAGAUCGUCAAAGCCGCUGUCGACAAAACGCCGAGCGAUGCUGGCCGCCCGCUAUUUGUCAGCUACGCGUCCCCUGAGCAGGCGCCCUUCCUGACCUAUCGACAGCUUGAUCGCCUCAAGCAAAUCAACCAGCGCUACGACCCUGAAGGCUACUUCAUCUCCCACGCCGGGGGUCCUCGUUUCGAUGACAAAUACUGA